UUCUCUUUGAAUUUGAUUAAGAAAACCAAACUGGUCUGAUUUCUAAAAGGCUAAAACCCUUUCUUUCUCUUCAAAUUUUCUUCCUUUUUGCUACAUUUUUCUUGGGGAGACUUAUAAAUGUGGCAAAAUCAGGCCAAUCAUUCUUCUUACAGUGAUUCUGUCAAGGCUCUUGAAGAUGAUAUACAACAUGCUAAUUCCUUGGCAUUGUCACUUCCUGGAGAUUGUGAUGGGAACUUUUUUCAGAUGAAAUUAUCUUACAGCCCCUUUGCACCUCUUUUCUUGCACUUGAUUCAAUGGUUGGAUCUUAGUUGCACAGAUACUUUACCUGUGUAUUUGGGAUUACUCCAUAUACUAAUUUUCAAUGUAUACGCUGAUGGAAUACCAUCUAUUUCCUCAAGUGAAAGGAAAGCAACUAUAAAGGAAUUUUAUGCUGUUAUAUACCCUUCAUUAAGGUUGCUUCAAGGCGAGUUUAACAAUGAUCCAAGACACAGUUAUGCAGAAGUGAAGAGAAAGAGGCUUGAAAAGGUUCUCAGUAAAGAUUUAGAGGGAGAUGAAGAAUGUGGCAUAUGCAUGGAAAACAACAUGAAGAUGGUUCUGCCUAAUUGUGGACAUUCCUUCUGCAUAAGUUGCUUCCAUGAUUGGUAAUGUCAGAUGCCACAACAGAGUUAAAUUCCUUUGCCUAUUCUGAUAACUUCUUUUUUUCAUAAAUGAGAAAAUACAAUAGAAAUAAAUCAGUUUUUUUACU